GUGACUUGAAGAAAUUCAGCACAAAAUUGUUUUAAUUUCAAUAAUACACAAACAUACAAAAUGAGCUGUCCUGGAUUCGGAGAAGUUAAUAUACCCUCGUCGCGCGCCUUUUGGGAUGAUUGCGAGGAGGACGAAUUCGAAAACGUCGGCCAGGCCGAGAAGUUGCAGUUGAAGUUCGACGGGGAAUCUGGCCCGGACGUAGCCGCCCUGCAGAGCGAGAUUCUGGUUGUCAUCGAGGGUCCUAGUGUAACACACUUUGGCAGCUCGGUGCUGCUGAAUGGCACGACACGUAUAUGCGGCAUUCCCCCUAAGACAUCUUCCCUGCACUGGAAUCCGGCAUCAAAGCAGCUACUGGCGAUUCUCGAAGAUGAUCUCACGAGCAGUGGGGAGGUCACAGAGCUGCUCUUACCCUACGCCAAGUUGGCCAAGAAAGUUGUGACCAUCACGCUGAAGCCAAAGGUCGACUUUAAGAGUGAGGAAAUUCAAAAAUAUAGUGACGAUAUAGCCAUUGUGCGUGGUGUGGGGGUGAACGAGAAGGAUAUAAUUGAGCUCGAGGCACCCAACUUUAUAGCCGGCGUGGCGGCGGGCAUUGCCAGCUGGCGAAACCAGGCUGACCUGCCCGUCAGCUCGUUUGCAGUCUACACUGACAAGCUGCCACUGGACUCGACGGCUGCCCAGCCAGUGCUCAAGCUGCUCAAAGGUUUCGUGUCGUGCAGCCCCAGCUACGUUCCGGCGCGCAAGGAGAGCUCCUACCUUUACAUGUAAUCCAAUUGUGGUGUAGAUUUUUAUUUUUCAAGCGGUUUGGGUAGUAACAUUUCACAAUAAUCAAUAUACAAUGAUGG